AUGGAUGUCGCACUUCCCAAAACAUUUUCAAACAAUGUAAAGAAGAAGUUGCCAGAAAAUGUGACUCUUAGAGGUCCUAGUCGAGUUGUGUGGAAGGUAGGGCUGACUACUAGAGACGAUACCUUGUACUUCACGAACGGUUGGCAACAAUUCGUGAAAGAUCACUCUUUGAAAGAGAAUGAUUUCCUUGUCUUUAAAUACAAGGGUGAAUCACACUUUGAGGAUUUAAUCUUUGAUGGAGAAAGUUUAUGUGAGAAAACAGCUUAUUUUGUCGGAAAAUGUAGACCUGCUCAAACUGAACAAGGGGGUAGCAAGGCAAAGGAUACUGCUUCGAAUGGUGGUGUAGAAACGCCAUUAGUUGUACCUAUUGGAACUAACAAUGGAAAGACUUGUAAUGCUGGUGUUGAAUCUGCUUCCCCUGAGAAAUUAACGGUUGAUGCACUCACUAAGACCACAACUAUACAGUUUCCGUUCCAACCAACCGGCAAAAGGGCCGAGAAACCUGUUAAUGAAGUUACGCCUGUCCAGACUAAGAAGCGAGGAAGACCACCAACAGCAGGUAAUUCUUGUGAGAGAGCACAUUCUUGUCAAAUAUCGAUCACGGCGGUGCCAUACUUGGAUAUGACGGUGCCAGCUGUCGACCAGUAUGGCGGGUUUUUAGCAGAUGACAUGGGAUUAAGCCCAAAGUAUGGAGAGUUUAGAAACAAUAAAAGAGAGAAUGAUGAGGUGGCAAGGAGCGAAAGUCAGGUAUCUAUCUUGAAUAGAAGUGGCAAGGAUGAUGACCAUUAUAUUCCUAGCAGCGGAGCUUCACUUUCAAGGUCAUCAAUAUGUCAUGAGAAAAAGAUAGCCCAGUCAUAUACCUCCACUUUUCCAUAUUUUGUUAAAAUAAUCCAAAAGUUCAAUGUUGGAGGUUCAUGUUUGCUGAAUAUACCAUCUCAAUUUUCGAAAGCACACAUUCCAAACCGCAUAAUAAAGAUUAUUCUACAUAAUUUGAAGGGAGAACAGUGGACUGUUAAUGCUGUUAAUAUAGAUUCUAAUGUGUAUAGAUAUCACUCUAUACGUGGAGGGUGGAUCGAUUUCGUUCGUGGCAAUGGCAUAAAGGUUGGAAAUGUCUGCAUUUUCGAACUUAUGUGUGAGAAUGAAUUAAGUGUUCGUAUCGCUGAGGUUGGAAAAGAUGGGCUAGACAUCCAGGAUGAAAAACUAGAUUUUAGUGUGCCUAGUGCAAGACAAGAUGUUCGUAAACGAAGGCAGUGGCAAGGAUAA